AUCUCUGAGCCCAACUGAUUUUCAUGAUUGCAGUUUUCUACUUCUGGAAGUAAAAGGAAUGUGAUGUGUGUAUGAAUUUGGCUGUAUUUGUUCGGUUUCUAUAUCAAUAUGUUAUGUUGCACCUUUAUUCUGGGCGGCCCUAAUGAAGUAAUUGAUCUUUACUUUUCAAUCUUUCUUGUUAAACAGGUCUUAUCUUCCUCUCCUUUUCUUCCAAAUGUACAUCUUGUCCAGUUUUAUCUGUGGGGAAUCUUGGUCUGAGUGCAUGUUGCUGUGUUAUACUAAUUUGAUUUUAGUUGAUUAGGCUUUAUGACCCACUGAUGCAUCAAUUUAUUAUCCUAACGUAUGGAAAAUUGAAUUUCUGAUUAUUUUUGGUCUGUGAGGGCAAAUCUGGGCAGGAAGGCAUGUGCCUAGUUAAUGUAAAGCAUGGCCUGGGUUGGUAGAGCAUUUAAAUGUAUCAUAAAUGAGAGUAUUUCCUCGACACUUUAUUGAAUUUGACUCAUAUAAUGAUUCUCAAUGAAUUGAGGAACCUAAACAUUUAUAUUGAACUGAAUAAAUUGCUUUAAUAGUGUCAGAUUUGCUCUUGUCUUGGGCAGCUCUUGAUCAUUGUGUCCAGCAUUUUUCCCAGUAGAAUUGAUGACUAGUGAGGUUGGUGGUGCUAACAUGGAGAUGAAACAAGGUCUGGAUCGAGUUUGACCCGCGCAUACAAGAGUGCAACCUACGUAAAAUUCUUCGAAAUCAAGCUAAUUUCUGUAUUGCUCUGUUUCGAAAAAAACGUGCAAUGUCAUUCGAAAUCCUUACCAUUUGUGGCCUAAUCUUUCAUAUCUACAGUCUCAAAUCUCAAUAUAUUAGCCAUAAAUAAUUCUAUAAUUCCUCAUUUACUCACUAUUGCGUAUAUCUUCCACAUCAAUGUUCUCCAUGUAUUAUUCUCUCUUCACACUCGCUGUGAAUAUAUAUUUAUGAUCAAGAAAUCAAACAAGCCAAAAAUGCCGGCUGUUUGGAUUGGUCUACGGAGGUCGAUGAAAUGCCGAUCACACGAAGCCGAUGUCCACGAUCCGGAUGCAGGGAGCAAGAAUCCGAGCACGAAGAAGCCGAGUAGCGUUGGCAGUGGGCGGUGUGGUUGUUCGAGAUCGAUUGCGAAUCUGAAAGAUGUGAUCAACGGGAGCAAGAGGCAUACGGAGGAGAAGCAGCCACGGAUCAGCAGCCCGAGAUCCAUCGGAAGCAGUGAGCUUCACAACCCGAUAACGCAUCAUGUUGUGCUUGAUAGCGCUACUUGCGAACUGAAAAUACGCGGUGGCUCUGAUUUUGUUGGGUUUCAUGUGGGGCAUAGGCCGGUCGUCUUGGGCAGUCCGGUCAGGAGGUCGUCGAGGAAGGGGGGCAUUGCUUCGAUGAGGCCGAGAUCUUCGUUCGGAGGCCCCUUCUGCCCUAAAUGUGGCGACCAGUUUGUUAGAUGGGAAGCUGUUGAGGCGCAUCAUCUCUCUAAACACGCAGUUAGUGAACUCGGUGAGGGAGACUCUUCCCGAAGAAUCGUGGAGAUAAUAUGUCGAGCGAGGCUCGACAAAAUCGAGAGGAUUCUGAAGGUGCACAACAUGCAACGAACCUUAGCCCAAUUUGAGGAGUACCGAGAGCUAGUGAAAAUCAGAGCAAACAAGCUAACUAAAAAGCAUCCACGUUGCCUGGCCGAUGGGAACGAGCUGCUGAGAUUCCACGGUGCAACAGUUGAAUGCCCUCUCGGCCUCAAGGGGUCGUCCGGUCUAUGCACUUCAGAGAAAUGCAGGGUGUGCCAGAUCCUAAGAGACGGGUUCGUGGCAAAGAAAGAGGGAGUGUUCACUGCUUCGACGAGUGGGAGAGCCAUUGAGAUGGUGGAGGGGGAUUCGUCGUUGAGGAAGGCCCUCAUAGUUUGUAGAGUGGUAGCCGGAAGGGUGCAUAGGCCGGUCGAGAGUAUGGAGGAAAUGGCUGUUGAAUCCGGUUUCGAUUCGGUUGCUGGGAAAGUUGGUGCUCACUCCAACAUUGAAGAGCUCUAUUUGCUCAGCCCCAGAGCUCUGCUUCCUUGCUUUGUGGUCUUAUAUAAGUGUUGAACAUAGGUUUGAUUAGUCUUACACUUAAUAGUUUUUAUAUCAUUAAUUCUGCUGCUUCGUAUACUCCAUUCUUUGGAAAAAAAGUGUAUAAUGUCACUUUUCCUUAUGAGCCUGUCUCUUAA